AUGUCGUACUCUGACAGCAUGGAGCCGUCGGCGCCCAUGUUCUACAUUGGCCACCACGAGACGAAGCGGGGCUUGAAUGCGUCGGCGGAGCUCAUUCAGCAUGCACAGGAUCUUGGGUAUGACAUGCUAACCAGCCCCAUUACAAACGACCACUUCCACACGCGCGUCUUGAGCCUCCUCAAUUCGUACACGCAGUCUCUCUCAGACCCGUCACAACCGCAGCCUCUGCCCUUGAUCCCUGCACUGGACCAUCCAGAUACGCCUCUUGGACCCAGCGACACCAUCAGUCAGCUGCUCACCUUUACGAGCUCUUGGAUUGACCUCUCCUCGCCAGACCCCGUCAUUGCGCACAUUUCGCGACAAGUCUUCCACUUGGAAAUCGCAUAUGCUGCCUUUUGCGGUGCCACGACGGUUAUCGUACCCGGCCCGCGACUUGGCCACGGUCAGAAUGGGGUUUCCCAGUUUGCGCGCGCGAUCAAGGAGGCUCUUGCGACGGGCGGAUACGUCCAGCUCCACGUCCAACUGCCCAUGGACGGCUCCAAGGCCACCAUUGAAAAGGACGACUUGGGAGACCUCGCACGUUUUGCCAGAGACAACUCCGAGUCAAGUGCGGAAUCCAAGAAGACUACGGCAUGGAGCUCAUGGGAAGCAUGGAACACCAUUAGAACCAUUUGUAAAUACAGCAACAGAUUGUCGGUAGCACUGGACCUGCCCCGCCGUAUGCCGUCUCUUGCUCUACAGUCACGAUGGUACUCUGAACCUCUCCGACUCCUCAACAUACCGGCAUCGUCCUUUCUCCUCAACGCUCGCCAGUCUUUUGUCCUGUCCAAGGCGCAUCAGGCCUUUAUAUUCCGAUGCGCGCGUCUGAGAAGCUCUCCAUGGCUGCUGGUGACUGACAUUGGUCCGUUGCCAGGCAUCGACGACCCGGACAUGAUUAUGUCUUACUCGACAGGGCGCCUAUCUCCACGUACAGCUGAAGAUGCUCCUAGUCCUCGCUCAUCAGACGCGCCCGCCCCGACCCCGGCCGAAGCGGCUCAACUUUUGAAGAAGGCCGGAAAGCCAUCGAGUAGCAGCAAUGACCCCACACCUCACCUGAGCUAUCUCAGAUAUAUUCAGCGCAAUCAGCCGCCAAAGAGCCAGCUUGAGCGAUUCGGCGCCGGGUUCCAGGACUACCUGCAGAGUCCUCUCCAGCCCUUGACUGAUAACCUCGAGUCCAUUACAUACGAAGUCUUUGAAAAGGACCCCAUCAAGUAUGCCUGGUACGAGCGCGCCAUUGCCCAGGCACUCGGCGACUGGCAGGAGCAAAAGAGGUCGACGAGCUCUGGAGACGGCGUCGUUGUCAUCGCUGUUGUAGGAUCAGGCCGCGGACCGCUCGUGACGCGUGCGCUGAAUGCAAGCGCGAGUACUGGCGUCCCCGUUCGCGUAUUCGCUAUUGAAAAGAAUCCUAACGCCUAUGUGCUCUUGCAGCGACACAACGUGGAGACGUGGGGUGGCCGCGUGACUGUGGUCAAGACCGACAUGCGUGCAUGGAAGGGUCCGACUAUGCCAGACGGGAGCUUUGGCAAGGUCGACAUCCUCGUCAGCGAGCUGCUUGGAUCUUUUGCCGACAACGAACUGUCUCCGGAGUGUCUCGAUGGCGUGCAGCAUGUGCUCAACCCAGACCAUGGCAUUUCGAUACCGUCCAGCUACACAGCACACUUUACACCCAUAUCGACUCCAAGACUUUGGUCCGACUUGCACAGCCGCAGUACGACUAUGGAUCCAACUGCCUUUGAAAUUCCGUGGGUAGUCAUGCUGUCUCAGUUUGAUUACCUGUCUACGGAGAAGAAGGAGACAAUGGCCAAUUCGCAGCUGAGCGACGGCACAAAGAUGAGCAACUUUAACCUGGAGGCCCCGCUUGCACCAAUCGUCCACACCGCAUGGGAGUUUUCGCACCCACUGCCUCCCACUGUCCUUGCUCAGGCGUCGUUGCGCAAGGGCGGUUCUGCAGUUGGUGGCGGAGGUGGUUUCGUUGGUGGGGAUGGUGCCAACGAGCACAACUACCGGGACUGUCGCAUCACCUUCCCCAUCCAAGAGCAGAGUGUAUGUCACGGUCUGGGAGGCUACUUUGAGACGGUCCUCUACAGCGGAUCGCAGGGUCCCGUUGAGCUCAGCACAAACCCAGUCACGAUGGAGGCGAAGAGCAAGGACAUGAUUUCGUGGUUUCCCAUCUUCUUCCCUCUCAAGGUACCAAACUCCGAGGUCGAAGUCAGCUUCUGGCGGCAGACGGACGACCGCAAGGUGUGGUACGAGUGGCUUGUGGAGAGUUUCAUCAAUAUUGGUGGACAGCGUGUGCGAUUGAGCAUCUCAGAUCUACAUUCAAGCAAGAGCAAUGGAUGUAUGAUGUAG